GGCGCGGCCAAACGCUUGGGCUAUUUACUAGGCUAUCGCGAUCGGGAUACGACCGUCGGUCGCGUCGUAUAGUCUGUGCCUAGUAUACACGUCCAAACGGGUCCAAUCCUCUAAAAACGUGAACCAACUGAUGAAUGUUGUGACCUGAGCUGUGAGCCUUUGGCAGAUUUUGCGAUUAUUGAGGACAUAUUGUUCUCCAUUUAUAUCAUCAUCAUCAUCAUGUCCACGAGAUCAUGCAGAACGAAACAGAAUCCACGCGAACUCUUGGAGCAAAUGCUUGAAAGAACAAGUUUGACAACCAGGCGAAUCGCUCAUGUAAAUGUUCAAGAUGUUGGUGGAGCGGCUUACACCAGGGCCCAUGAAGCAUGGAGGAGGGACAAAGAGGAGUCUAUUCGUAAAGCUGUGCAGGAGACAGAGGAAAGAGCAGCUCGGAUCUUGAGAGAAACUCUGGAAAAGGCAAUGAAAAAGGCUGCAGACGACAAGAGGGAUGCAUUGGAAGAAGCGAGAUUGGAAGCAGAAGCCACUGCUGAAAGAGUCAGAUCAUCUAGAGAUCAAAUGGAAUCAGAGCGUUUUGCCAAACUGACUUGGGCCUUUAAGAAGGAGAAGGAAGAGGCUCUACGGAAACAAUGGGAGGAAUGUGAGAAGAUGAGAAUGAAAGCAGUAGAGGACGCUAUAGCAGAGACUACCCGUCAAUUACGCAAACAGUUCCUUGUUGCAAAGGAAUUUGCUGUUGCAAGAGCCCUCAAAAUUGCAAGAUUUCAUUUUUCCUAUCGUUUGAAGAAGGCAAUAGAAGCAACAAAAGAGGAGUGCAAUAGGUUGGCAGCAGAGGAAGCAGCAAAGGCUGCAAAGCUUCAUAGAGAAGAAACUAUGAGACUCAAUAAGAUUAUUCAUGAGAACGAAAGGGAGCUUCGUGAUGAGAUGCAAGCCAGAAACUGGGUACAGACAGACUUCCAGGAUAUUCAGAAUGACUACAGACGUUUUCUGGACUACACGGAUGGUAAAUACCAUUCAGAUUAUAUGCUGAGAUUGAGGAAACAUGGCAUGAAAUUUGACACAAACUUUGACCCGAUAGACGAGGAUGCAUGGGUGGACAUAUUCCCGUUACCAACGUACCUACAUCGCUACACACGCAGGAGUAUGGUGACCCCUCAUGAUGUUACCAAAGAUAUGAACUUUGCACCACCAAAGACUGAUCAACGCACUACCAAAGACUGAUCAACAUGAAUUUUUUUAAAUCCGAGCAAUAUUCAUUUUUUUUUAAUGAAGGAACAGUAUUUGUCUAGGUUUUGUGAAAAAGGGUUUUUAAACAACUUAUGAAUUUUUAUAAAACAAGUCAUUUAAAUGAUAUCUUGAUGUUUCUGUUUGUGGAGUUGUCGUGGUCUAGUGGAUACGUCACCGGACUGUGGAUCACAUGAUAUGCGGUUUGAGUCCCUCCGCGGCACUAAUGUAUUUUGGCAAGACACUAAUCUACAUUUUUGCCGCUCUCCAUCCAGGUGAGGUUAAUGGGUACUUGGCAGGAAUUGUUUCCUUGAAAUGCUAGAGCGCCAUAAUGGCAGCCAUGCUAAAGCCGGGUAAUAAUUGUGGAGCACCAGGAGUGUCAAAUUUGAUAGACAUGAGCGCAGUACAAGAACACACUAUUAUUAGCAUGUCUAGUAAUUAUGUACCUUGCCUGUUAAUGUCCAUCUGCUGAUGAGCACAGAAUGAUAUUUUCUUCAAGAUUUGAUGCUGACUAUAUUUCUGUCAAUUUUAGUUGCAUUGGAUCUUAUUUUUCAACAACUCAAAGGAUAUAUUUCUGUUGUAUGCAUCGAUCUGCAAAAAUAUAACCCAAAACAUAAUAUUGCCCUCGAGCAUUGGAUGUUAGGAUAUAGUGAAACAUUCUUCUGUCUACGAUGAAAGGGGGGAGGGGGGGGGGGGGGUUAAGGAGAAAUAAACUUCCCUUCAACUUCAUCUUGUCAUCUUAAUAGCUGCGAUUUGAAAUGUCAGAUGUGAUUUGAUUAUAUUAUAUAUAUAUAUAUAUAUAUAUAUAUAUAGAGCAUGAAUCUUUCUUGAACCUUAAAUGAAUGUAUUUGUUACAAUAUAAAUGUAUACAAGAUUCUGGUUUAACCCUAGUUUGUAUAGCAAUAGGAUGGAUUCACAAUUUACAGUGCACCGGUAAGCCACAACAGGCCAAUUUUUUCAGCUCGUGGUUUAACAUCUUUCAAACCCAUGCAGCACAGAAAAACGCUAGCUAUCGAUCGAAAUGACCAAAGUGGUCCAAACUGUAAAUUCAUUCAGUGGGAUUGCACACAUCUUUGUCAAAACCUGCCCAUCAAAAUUUAGCCUGAUUUGGAAAAAAAUCAAUAUAAAUACUUAGUUUGGGCUAAAAAGAAAUUGCAGAAAUGACUAAAGUGUUGUGAGUUGGAAUUAUCGCAAAAUCUCACCCAGAUAAUCUAUUGAAACUUUCCCUACCAAAAAAAUCUGAUUACCCCUAGCAAUCUUUAAAAUCUCUUUAAAACCUCUUUAGUCUUUAAUUCCUCAGUAAUUUCUUCCAAUAUGCUUCCAUGUUAUUAAUUCCUUGUGCAAUGUUUUGAGGUUAGAUUCUCAUAUUCACAAAAUUUGUCAGGUGUUUGAUAUGCAUGCAGACUAUAUUUAUUGAGUUACUAUCUUCAUUCCGUCCUGUGCAGUAUGAUUCUAUACCAUAAUAAAUAUUUUGUAUACAA